AUGCCGUCAGACAUUCGCUCUUUCUUUGGCGGAAAGGGAGGUUCACCAGCAGCGGAGAAGCCAAAGGCGGCGGAACCGAAACCCAAAGGUCGAGGAAGAGCGCGCAAGGUUGUUAGCGACGACGAGGAUGAAGAGUUACAAGACGUCAAACCCAAGAAAGCCACACCAAGGAAGAAGCAGCCGGAGCCGGAAAAUGCAGCAGAGGAGACGACGGCCGACAACUACUUUGCCCAGGGCAGUAAGCCCAAACGAAGCGAUACUGGACGACCGAAGGCACGAGGUAAGCCUGCAGCAGAAGAGACGCCGAAGAAGCAAGCGAAUGGCAAGAAGGCGGAGACCAAUGGCGGGCGAAGCUCUGCGAGGAAGAAGGACACGAGUUAUGCCGAGCUAGAUGCUGAGGACUUUCCGGAUGAUGACUUGAUGGACGAGGACGGUGGUGCGGACAAUUUCAAGCAAGAAGCUGAGGUUGGAAGGCGCGCGGGCGAUGACUAUCAGGAAGGUACAGACGAUGAGGACGAUAAGCCACUUGUGCCAAAACGGGCGGAGAGAGCAGGCAAGCAGAAAAAGCUCAAAAAUCACGACCAGGAUGAUUUUGAGCCAGACGCAGAUGUGGACAUGAAAGAUAGUAACCCUAACGACGAUUUCUUGGUACCUGAUGCGGAUGAAGAAGUGGUUAUGGACGAGCCGGCCAAGAAGACACCUGCCAAAGCGAGUAAGAAGCGCAAGUCAGCGGCGCUGGAGGAUGAGGACGACGAUCUGGACACGGAGGAAGUCAAGCCAGCCAAGAAACGAGCUACACCAGCAAAGAAGGCCGCGAAAAAGGACGAACCACAGGAGAGUGCAAAGAUGAAGGCCAUCUUUGACAGUAUACCGACUGUGCAAGCUCCUGAGCCGCCGGCGAAAACUGAUGGCGAUGGUGCUAAGCCCAAAUUCCAAUAUGGAGGUCAACACGCGAAUUCUGCUGUUCCAGCUGGUGCCAUGAACAUGAACGACAUACCACAAGGCGAGGAGAACUGUCUUGCUGGCUUGACUUUCGUGUUCACGGGUCAGCUUACUCAGCUGGGUAGAGAUCAGGGACAAGCCCUUGUCAAGCAGUAUGGUGGCAAAGUGACCACUGCGCCGUCGAAAAAGACGAGCUAUGUGAUCCUUGGCGAAGACGCAGGCCCGAAGAAGCUGGAGACGAUCAAGCAGCAUGGGCUCAAGACUAUCAAUGAAGACGGACUUUUCGAGCUGAUCAAGCGACUACCUGCGAACGGUGGUGAUUCGGCUGCAGCUGGGAAGAUGGCGGAGAAGCGGGCUAAGGACGAAGCAGAAAUGCGCAAAGCAGCCGAAGAGAUGGAUCGAGAGGAGAAAGCUGCACAAGCCGUUAAAAAGGCGAAGGCCGCCGCGUCAACGAAUGGCAAGGCUGCUGCACCGCAGAGCAAGGGCAAGGAGUCGACUGUCGGGCCAGACACUCGACUAUGGACUGUCCGAUAUGCGCCACAGCAGCUCAGUCAGAUCUGCGGCAACAAAGGCCAGGUCGAGAAGCUGACGCGGUGGCUUCGAGCGUUUCCCAAAAGUCAGUCAAAAGGCUUCAAGCUGCCUGGUGCGGAUGGAUCGGGUAUCUAUCGAGCUGUCAUGAUUCAUGGACCACCAGGUAUUGGCAAGACGACUGCUGCGCAUCUCGUGGCAAAGCUGGAAGGCUAUGAUAUCGUCGAGUCGAAUGCUUCAGAUACUCGCAGCAAAAAGCUUGUCGAGACUGGAUUAAAAGGCGUACUUUCGACAACUUCGUUGAUGGGCUACUUUGGAUCUGGCGGCUCUGAUGCCGAUGCGUCCAAGAAGAAGCUUGUUCUGAUCAUGGACGAGGUGGACGGUAUGUCGGCUGGUGAUCGUGGUGGUGUUGGCGCGUUGGCUGCAGUCUGCAAAAAGAGUCAGAUACCUAUGAUCCUGAUCUGCAACGAUCGUAAGCUGCCGAAGAUGAAGCCUUUCGACUUCGUCACCUAUGAUUUAGGCUUCAGACGACCCACGACAGAUAUGAUCAGAAGCAGGAUUAGUACGAUUGCUUUCAGGGAAAAUCUGAAGAUCCCGCCGAAUGUCAUCAAUGCGCUGAUCGAGGGCAGCGGCGCAGAUAUUAGGCAGGUUGUCAACAUGAUCUCUACUGCCAAGCUUGAUGCUGAGGCCAUGUCUUUCGAGGAAGGCAAGGACAUGUCGAAGGCUUGGGAGAAGCACAUCGUCCUGAAGCCCUGGGACAUGGUGUACAAGAUCUUGGGUGGUGGGCUCUUCAACGCCGCCUCGAAGAGUACUCUCAAUGACAAACAGGAGCUCUACUUCAACGAUCACGAAUUCGCGCCUCUGAUGCUACAGGAGAAUUACCUUGGCACGAAUCCACAGCGGACGAACCAAUACAAUGAAAAUCCGAAGAUGAAGAAGUUGGCGACUCUGGACCUUGUCUCGAAAGCCGCUAGCUCGAUCUCUGAUGGUGAUCUCGUCGACCGCAUGAUCCACGGAAGCCAGCAGCAAUGGGGUCUGAUGCCUACACACGCCAUGUUCUCUUUCGUACGUCCUGCCAGCUAUGUGUAUGGCAGUACCGCUGGUCAUGGCCAGACGAGAUUCACUACGUGGCUGGGCAAGAAUUCAAGCCAAGGCAAACUCAUGCGCAUGGUCAAGGAGAUUCAAGGACAUAUGCGCCUGCGUGUUACUGCUGAUCGACAUGAGAUUCGUCAGACAUAUCUGCCCGUCCUGUACGAGCGACUGAUCAAAAAGCUCAAAACUGAUGGUAAGGAGGCUGUGCCGGAAGUCAUUGAGCUUAUGGACAGCUAUUACCUUACCAAGGACGAUUGGGAGGCUGUUUUUGAGUUGGGUGUCGGCAAUGCAGAUUGGGAGAAGGCGGAGAACAAGAUCGAGACGCAGGCCAAAGCCACCUUCACCAGACUAUACAACCAGCAAUCUCACCCUCUGCCCUUUAUCAAAGCAAGUCAGAUCAUGGCACCCAAGCGUGCGCCUGCGAAAGAGCGUCCGGACCUGGAAGAAGCACUUGAGGAGUCAGAGGAGGAAGCCAUGGAUGCUGCAGAAGCUGUGGCAGACGACGAAGAGGAUGUCGACUUAUCGAAGGACAAGUAUGUUAAGCAGCCGAAGAAGCGUAAGGCUGCUACUUCGGGUGGCGCGAAGGCAGGAGCGAGCAAGAAGAGGAAGACGAAGGGCGAUGAGGAUGAGGAGGAAGCAGAGGACGAGAAGCCUGCGAAGGGCAAAGCCAAGGGAAAAGCCAAGGCCAAGAAGUAG